CCGCGACGAAGAUGCUCUUUUUCAUUCCUCGUCUUGCAAGAUGAUGGAGAACCUGUUGUUAUCGCUGGUCUUCAUUGCUUUCUUCUGCUUAAUCUUCUCCUGUAAUGGGAUCGAGUCUCCCCAGUUCACAGUCGUUCAUUCCGAAUCAGAUUUCGAGAUAAGACUUUACAGAGAAUCUUCGUGGAUGUCAGCUCCUGUUACAGAAAUUUCGUUCGAAAAGGCAACAAAGGAAGGCUUUCACAGAUUAUUUCAGUACAUCCAAGGUGCCAAUUUAAACUCCUCUAGAAUCAGAAUGACAGCUCCUGUGCUGACAAGCAUCGUCCCUGGAGAAGGACCCCUAGGCUCAUCAGCCUACUUUGUUCAGUUCUACUUGCCAGUGAAGUUUCAAGCAGCACCACCUCUACCUCUCCCAGAGCUGAACCUCCAAUCUGAUGCAUGGGGAAGCCACUGCAUCGCAGUCAGGAAGUUCUCAGGGUUUGCUAGGGACCCAUGGGCAAACUCCACUGCUUCUGAUGGUAAAUAUGCAUACUCAAUUGCACCGUAUAACUCUCCUUUUCGGCUAAUCGGGCGCAUAAAUGAGGUCUGGGUGAAGGUUGAUGGAUCUAAACUGGAUGAUUGUGGAUCCAGUGGCGUAGCUACACAGUGAAUAUUCUCUGAAUUUGGUGGGCCCUAUUGAGAUUUGCUUGAAUGUAUAAUGCUGUAUAGUACUUUGUGUCACUGUACUCGUGUAUUCAUGGAUAUCUAUAUAAGAGUAUAGGAAACUGUUGCUGGAUAUUUCAGUU